AUGAGGAGAUCGACUGCGAUUGCGACAAAGGCGAAGGGUAUUAUUGUCCAUGGUAGAGGUAACUCUGACAUUGCUCCUCUAUCCUUUAUCUUCUGUUGGAGGAAACGAGGUUUCUCUGCUCUCAGUGAUGAUUACAGAGAGAAAUUGAGAAAUGGUCUUAGUGAUAUUAAGUUAGUGGAUGCGGUUGGCUUGUUCAGUGAGAUGGUAAAGUCUCGUCCUUUGCCUUCCAUUAUUGAGUUCGGUAAACUGUUGACUGCAAUUGCCAAGAUGAAGAAGUAUGAUGUUGCCAUCUCUUUGGGUGAGAAGAUGCAGAAGUUAGGGAUUUCACAUAAUAUCUAUACAUACAAUAUUUUGAUAAACUGUUUCUGCCGCUCCUCUCAACUCCCUCUGGCUUUAGCUAUGCUUGGUAAGAUGAUUAAACUUGGUUAUGAGCCUGAUACCGUCACGCUGAAUUCUGUUCUAAAUGGAUACUGCUGCUGUAAUAAUAUCUCAGAGGCUGUAGCUUUGGUUGAUCAAAUGGUGGAAAUGGGAUAUCAACCUGAUACCAUCACCUUCAACACUCUAAUCCAUGGCCUCUUUCUCAACAACAAAGGUUCCGAAGCUGUGUCUUUGGUUGAUAGAAUGGUCGGGAAAGGAUGUCAACCAGAUCUAGUUACUUAUGGUGCUGUUGUAAAUGGAGUGUGUAAGAGAGGUAAUAUUUAUUUGGCUUUAGAUCUGCUCAAGAAGAUGGAAAAGGGGAACAUUGAGGUGAAUUUUGCGAUCUACAAUACAGUCAUUGAUGGUCUUUGCAAAUACAAACAUGUCGAUGAUGCUCUCAACAUGUUCAACGAAAUGGAGAACAAAGGAGUUAGAGGAAAUGUUGUUACUUACAACUCCCUCAUUAGCUGUCUUUGUUGUUAUGGAAGAUGGAGUGAUGCAUCUCAACUACUAAGCGAUAUGAUUGAGAGGAAAAUCAACCCCGAUGUUGUUACUUUUAGUGCACUGAUCGAUGGAUUUGCGAAAGAAGGGAAGCUUUUAGAGGCUGAAGACUUGUACAAUGAGAUGAUCAGAAGGUCUAUCAAACCUAACACUAUCACAUAUAAUUCACUGAUCAAUGGGUUUUGCAUGCGCAAUCGCAUAGACGAGGCCAAGGAGAUGUUUGAUCUGAUGAUUAGCAAGGAUUGUUACCCAGAUGUAGUCACUUGUAAUACUCUCAUAAAUGGAUAUUGUAAGUCUAAAAGAGUAGAAGAUGGCAUGAAACUCUUUGGCGAAAUGUCCCAACGAGGAUUGGUUGGGGACACCAUCACUUACACCAUUCUUAUCCAAGGCUUUUUCCAAUCUGGGGACAGUGAGAAUGCUCAAGAAAUUUUCAAACAGAUGGUUUCUUGUUGUGUGCCUCCCAGUAUUUGGACCUAUAACAUUUUGUUAGAUGGGUUUUGUGAUAAUGGGAAGCUAGAAAAAGCAUUGGUCAUAUUCAAGGAUAUGCAAAAUAGUGAAAUGGAACUUGAUGUCCUCACAUAUAAUAUAAUCAUUGGCGAGUUGUGCAAAGUUGGUAAAGUGGAAGAAGCCUGGGAAUUAUUUUGUAGCCUUGGUCUCGAAGGAGUGAAGCCUAAUGUUAAAACGUACACUAUAAUGAUCUCAGGAUUCUGUGUGAAACGUCUACUGCAGGAAGCAGAUGACUUAUUUAGAAAAAUGAAAGAAGACGGGCCUCUUCCAGAUAGUGGUACCUAUAAUGCCCUAAUCAGAGCACAUCUAAGGGAUGGUGACACUUUUGUAUCAGCAGAACUCAUCAAAGAAAUGAGAGGUUGUGGGUUUGAAGGAGAUGCUUCAACCUUUGGUUUGGUUACUAAUAUGUUAUAUGAUGGGAGAUUGAGCAAAAGCUUCCUCGAUAUGAUUUCUUAA